AUGGUGCAUCACAUCACUUCAAACGACGAGCUUCAAAAGCUGCUCUCGUCAACAACAUACGUCGCCGUCGACUUCUUCGCAGACUGGUGUCCGCCCUGCAAAGCCAUCGCCCCCGUCUACGAGCAACUCGCCACCAAGCACAGCGUCGACAACGUCCUCGCCUUUGCAAAAGUCAACGUGGACCACGUGCAAGACGCCGCGCGCCAGUACGGCAUCACAGCUAUGCCGACGUUCCUCUUCUUCAAGGAGGGCAAGCAGGUCGCUGUCAACGGGCAGGUUGAGAUCAAGGGCGCUGACCCGCGGAGUCUGGGGGCUGCUGCUGAGAAGUUGGGGGGACUAGCGCAGAAGAGGGUUUCUGGAGCGUAG